AGCGACGUACAGUUAAGUAUCCAGUCAAUCGGUAGCUGUUGAACUGAACAGUACCUACCAACAAGCAACAAGGCAGAAGCGACAAGCAUUAUGGCUUCCAGGGCUAUGAUCCAAAUAGCUUUUCUAGGACUCCUAGUUGUGUCCGCCGCAUUUGCAGACGACAAGCCCGCAAAUAAAAACGACAAGAAAAGGGAUAUUUUGUUCAACCCAUACUCAUUUGGAGCUAAAACUUUUGGUUCAUCAGCCCCAUUUGCGUUUGGUAACACUUUUUCAACAACUGCUGCACCAUUCAAAUCCGUUUCUUACAGCUCCACACCAGCUCCGUUCGUUUUCGGUAAUUCUUUCGCAUCGAAUGCCUACUCCAACGCUGCCGCCGUUCAAUCUUUCGAUGCAGCAUCAUUCGUUGGAUCUUCUACACCGGCUCCAUUAUACGAUGGAUCUUUCGGUUCUUCCACCCCAGCUGCUCUAAUUGGAUCAUCUACCCCAGCACCUUUCUUGUCUGGUUCCGCUGUCUCUAGUGCCGCACUAUCCGACGCGAGUUUUGCGUAUUCUUCCACCCCCGCUUCAGUCUUAUUGUCCGGAGCUUCACCAGUUGUGUCAUCUACCCCAGAACCCGUCGUUCUGAACAGAUCACCGGCUUUUGCUACAUCAUACGGUUCAUACUACUCAGGAGCUUACGCCCCGUCGUACUCUCAAGGAACAAUCGUCAAGUCUGACUCAAUUAGCCACGACGCAGUUGAAAUACCAGCCGUUGCUAACGCCCCUGCACCUCAUCACGAAGUUAGCAUCACUAAGGAAGUUCCAGUUCCUUACUACGUUCAAGUUGAAAAGCGAGUUCCAUACCCCGUGUUGGUCCGCGUGCCACAUCCAUACCCAGUUACAGUAGAAAAACAUGUACCAUACGCCGUUAAAGUCAACGUAGAUCGUCCAAUCCACGUUCCUCAACCAUACCCAGUAGAAAUUGAGAAGAGAGUGCCAUACCCAGUUGAAAAGCCAGUACCUUAUGAAGUGAAAGUCCCAGUCGACAGGCCGUACCCAGUUCAUGUUCCAGUUGAGAAACCUGUCCCAUACGCAGUUGAAAAACCCGUCCCAUACCCAGUACGAGUCAAUGUUGACAGACCAUACCCCGUGGAAAAACCAGUGCCAUACCCAUACCCCGUUGAAAAACCAGUGCCCUACCCAGUGGAAAAGGCUGUGCCAUACCCAGUAGAAAAAUUGGUUCCAUAUGCCGUUGAAAAGAAGGUUCCAUACCCAGUCAGGUACGAUGUCCCAGUCAAAGUACCAGUUCCAGUAGAAGUCAAAGUUCCAGUAUCUGUGGAUAGACCAGUGCCAUACCCAGUAGAAAAGAGAGUGCCAUACCCAGUCCAAGUCCCAGUUGAAGUCAAGGUUCCAGUCCCAGUUGCAGCCCCAGCUCAACGUUUCGCCACCGUCCACUAUUAUCAACAAUCCCCAAUCGCUUUAGGAUAUGAAUCCAGUCAAGCUCUUAUUGGCCAAUCUGGUUACAAAGCGUUCUCAUCUGGUUUAGCUCAAGGUACAGGUAGUGCAUUCUACAGCUCUACUCCAGCGACUGGUAGUGCAUUCUAUAGCUCUACUGCUAGCCCAAUAAGCACAUACAGUUCCACUGUCAGCCCGGUUGGAUUCGGCUCAAACCUGGCCCAAGAAGGUUUCAUUAGUUCAUCUGCAGCGCCUUUCAAUUUCGGCCAACAAUCUUUCUUCGGAUCUUCGACACCAGCACCAUUAAACACUUUCUCCGCUGACUCAACAUCAUCUGAUGUAUCAUCUCUUAUCAAGUCCGCUAGCAUUGGAUCUGCCAGUUUAGAUUCUGUUGCUAUUGGAGGUACAUCUUUGAAGUCACAGGAAUUGAAAGCUGACAACUUCGACAUUGUCAAAAAAUAAAUCUUUGAAAACUUCAAGUUUACUGAUAUAGAAUUUUCAUUAUUUUUAAUCUGAAAAAAUGUUCUACCUAUGUACUUUUUUUUAAUGCUAUCUUUUGUUUAGCACGUAAACAAUUUUUAAUUAAGUAUCAAUAAUAUAUUUUUAAUAAAAUAGAUAUUAUUGAUUAAUUCAUACAUACAUGUUUUAGUUA